AUGGUGCGGCUGGUCGACUUGAUGAUUGAAAGAGCUGGAAAUUUCUCCUGGUUUUUAUACAAAAACUGGAAGAGUGACAAGAGAGCAAAACAAGCGAAUGCAGAGGCCCAAAAGAAGUUCAAGGAAGCAAGAGAGAAGAUUCGACAGGCAAAAUUGGUGGAAGAGGUAAGAUUGAAGGGGAGUAACGUAUGAGAGCCCGGUAUUUAAUGAAGAUCGUUUGAAUGGUUCAAGAAAGAGAAAGACUGGGAGAAAUAGUGGUAAAAUGGGGAAAAGCAAGCUGCCAAGAAAAGAAUAGAGCCUCAAAGACUAUUAGAAGACUCAAAAGACAAGUUCCAAUGAAACUUAAACUUUAACUGUAUAUUUCUCAAAAUGUGAUAUUUGCCGCCCCUCCCCCCUAGUUUUUCUUGUUACCGUUUUAAUGAAAAUUUCCCAUUUUUGGUACAGAUGUAGUUUAACGUAUGUAGAAUGCAACUAUUAGCCAUUUUGUAAGUAUUUAUUUUCUAACAGAAUUUAUAGUGAAAACUGUAUGCAAUCUGUUUUACCCGUUACCAUAGCAACCAUGGUAAAUUACAAAAAAUGGCUAAAAGGAGCAAAGUUCAAGCUACCACAAGAUGCAUUUUCAUUUAGAUACAUCACAUAUUAUUUGAAAUUUUAUUGGGGGGAGGCUGUAAAAUGCAGUUUUCCUAUACUACUCGCUUCAUUGGUGGCAAACUUCAGUCCGAUACCUGGCUGGAAACGUUUUGUCUCAACUGAUAGCUGAAGAUCUACAGUUUCUAAAAAUACAUAGUUUAUGCAUAUCUUGCUUAAAAAUAUGCCUCGCAACAUCUGAGGACCCCAGUAUGAGCAGCUAUAAAGGAGGGACCAGGUUAAAACGAUUCUUCGAACAGAUUAUGCAACUAGAAGUGAGACAUAUGUAAUACUUAUUUUUGUGGUUUUGUUGUAAUUUGGGGUGUGAUUUAUUAUUGUUGAUAUUACGAUAUUAUUGUUGGUAUUAUUAAUUAACCCUCUAUAGGAACCAUUGUUGCUUCUGAGCAACAUUGUAUGCGCAACCCCUCCCUAGUCGCCAAUAUAAAAUUUCAUCUUUUCAAAGCCAAUUUUGCUGCUAAGCCCAAAAUAUAUGUGUUGCUCACAAGCAACAUUGGGUAAAAAGUGCAGCAUGGAUAUGACCACAUGUGAUAUAUGUUUUUAUGUUAUUAUUUCAUUUUAGCGAUAUCUACUUAUAAGUAUUCUGUAAGAUAUUGCAAAAUACACAAAUGUAGAAGAACAAAAUGUUAGGAAACCAUAGUCGUAAUAUAUUUUGUUUAUAUUUUGAUUUUUUGUGACAUUUCUUACCAAAAUAUAUAUUUUAUUCCUACAGGCAAAGAUUUUGUUGAAAUUGAUGACAUUUUGGAUGCAGUAACAGUGUCUGAUAGCGAUUAGCGAAUGUCAUGUUUUGUCGUCUGGAGAUGAGUUCGAUGAUGAUGAGAAUUGGGAGUUGGAUAAUGUUCAAGGUGGUUGUGGUGGGAAUUAUGGCGACGGUUCAGGCAUUGCUGGUGGUGAGGAUGGUGACGACGAUGGUAUUGUUAGUGGUGAUGGUAGUGACGAAAAUGAUGACGAGAAAUGAUGAUGAUAAUGUAUCCCUGGCCAGUCGAAAGAAAAACGACUCGAAGUAUAAGUUUGUGCCACGUCCGGUACCCCCAUUUAUUCCAAACCCGAGAGACCAGCGCCCGAUGAAAGAAUGCCUGUUGAGUAUAUCAACAUGUUUUUGACUGAUAACAUGAUUGACAAUUUGGUGGAAGAAUCCAACAAGUAUGCAACCGAAAAGACAGGCUCGUGUCCAAAUUUUACCAAAGCGGAGAAGACAGCCUACUUUGGUAUUUACUAUUCGAUGGGAAUUGUCUGACUUCCAAAGAUUGACGACUAUCGGAAGUUAGAUUUGCGGUACGGUCAAAUUGCUUACAAGAUGUCACGGAACUGUUUCAAGCUAAUUCAUCGAACUGUUCACCUUUGUGGACAAUAACACAACAUCUGACGAAAUAAAACUUGAUCGCGUAUGAAAAUUGCGACCAUGGAUUGAACAACUGCAACAGAACUUUUCGAAUAUCAGCUGCGAUGAAUAUCAGUCCAUUGAUGAAAUCAUGGUGCCCUUCAAAGGACGCUCCAUUCUGCGGAUGUAUCUGCCAAAGAAACCCAAGAAGUGGGGUAUCAACUUAUGGGCUCGUGCUUCACCUACUUGCAUUCUUCACGCCCUUGACAUUUAUCAAGGAAAAGGCACUGUAUUAGGGGGCGAUGAAACUGCUGGUUGUGGUUUAGGUGGCAAUGUCGUUCUCCAGUUGACUGAAACAUUGCCCAAAAAACCAUUCAAGAUUUUUGCUGACAAUUUCUUCACCAACUCUGCUAUGGCAGCCGAAUUGAAGAAACAUUGUCUCCAGUAUACGGGUACGAUUGCAGUUGACCGCUUACACAAGGGACUCCUAACAUCCGAGAAGGUGCUCAAGAAAGAUAGCAGAGGUGAAUACGAUAGUGUACAUGCAUGAGUUAAAUAAUGGACUUGAUGGCUUGCCAACAAAGCUGUAACCCUAUCUUGGUUCAUUGCCGACAUCCAAGAUCGUUCACAAAAGAAACAUGUCGAUGUUGACCGUCCCUGUGUGGUUGGUACAUACAAUGCACAUGGGUGGCAUCGACCUGUUCGACAUGAUGUGUACCCUUUAUAAGCUUCAAAUGAAAUCCAGGAGAUGGUACUUAUAUAUUUUUUAUCAUUCCCUUAGAAUGGCAAAUGCCCGUUUUUUUAUACGGUCGUGAAGCGAAGUCCCUAAGGAACAACAAGCCACUGCAGAUGAAGGAGUUCCAAAUCCAGGCUGCUACCUCCCUCAUGUGCCAAGGAAAGGUGUCUCAUGGUCGACCAUCCCUGUUGACUCCACCACCAGCCAAGAAAAAGGCCCUGGAAGUAAUAUUUGGCAACCCUGCCUCUAAACUACCUGCCAGAAUUGAUAGGUGGCUGUUACGGCUUCAGCAGUACGAUUUUCGUGUUACGUACAAAUGUGCAAGUCAAAACCCAUCUGAGAGCUGUCAAGACAUCCUUUAUCUAAGGACCAAACAUGAAACAAAUGUACCAGACACGUAUAUAAAUUUCCUAACUAUCACUGCUGCACCACCAGCAUUAAUCGUGUGUGAGGUUGCUAUGUUCGCACAAAGAUGCUAUCCUGGGGCCGGUUGCAUAAAACUCUUAAUCACUUUUUUAAUCACCAUUUUGUAGUUAAAUAGUGAUUAACUCUCAAAUACGCGCUUCUUAUUGGAUGACGUUUCCACUAACUAUAGUUAACUUUAAUCACUUUUUUAUACAACCGGCCCCAGGCUGGACCAUUGUCCAACAGACAGAUUGAAACAGUUUAAACUAAUUAAAAAUGACCUAUAUUUUGAUAACAAUGUAUUGCUUCAGGGUGCCCGGAUUAUAAUACCAACUUUCCUUGUAAAACAAUUGAACCCCAUGCUUUUGGCAAAUUUCAAAAUAUUAUGUUAUUUACACCUGGAUAUUAUGUUUAUCUCAAAGGAUAAAAAAAACCUUUUUGAUCGCUGCAUGAUUGUCGCAUGACGGGCGUUGACCUAGACAAAUCAAAUCUAGUUAAUUUAUUCGUCAUUGCCGUGCACAAUUUAUUCGUCAAAGCAGUGUCAUUUACUAUUCAUUCUAUUUUCGCCCCAGGCUCCGGAAUUGAAAGAUCACUAAAAUAGCAAUCUUUACGCAUUCUCUAAUCAUCUCUCUUUGUGUUUUACUCUUCUUAAAAGAAGGAACUGAUUUAUAAUCUUUAUUAAUCAUAGUAUUCGAAUAUCUCAAAUAUUAAAAAAAUGUCUUAAAAUAUCACGGGCAAGUUUGUUUUGUAAAAGCCGGGCUACAACUAAACGUGGCUACUGCGCAAAAAGAUCGGUCUGCACAAACAUGAGCUAAACUAAAUCCCAUCGCGCAGAAUGCCAAAAGUACACAGCAAAAUCCAAAAUUCUUAGCAAGACAAAAUAUUAAUUUACUUGUUUCAAGCAAUAGUGUGCUUGAAAUAAGGUAUUAAGUAAAACAUUUCUGAGCAUGAGCGCAGUUUGACUUAAAACAAACUCAAAUGUUCUUACAAAGAGACACGUGUACAUAUGUGCCUAUUAAGAACACUUAGCCCUUGGAAUAAAAGAUAAGAUGUUUUGAAAUUAGCAACUGUAUUUUAUCAUUAACAUUGAAAUAUAACACAGUGCAUUUUUCAUCUUUUAGAAGAUUCGGUCGAUGUGCAUGUGGAAGAGGCUACGAGCCAGCACUAUGAUGCACUCAUCAAAGAAUGUAGAAAGACGAAACCAAAUCAUGCAGUAAUCAACAUGUACCACAACAAAUAAUUUUGCAGGCGCAGAAAAUGGAUUUGCAGAACAGAUCCACAAACAAGAUGUCACCAACUUCUUGAGAAAUGCCCAUGCUUUAAAGAGUAUGUUGAGCCGAAGUACUAUCAUGUAUAAAAUAAUUUCAAUAUACACACUGUGAUAUUCAUACUGUGUAUAUUCAUACUGCAUGGAUGUGGUUUUUUUUUCAUCUACCGCUAGUAUGCAUGCUAGAGCCUUAUUGAUUCGAAAUCACUGCUAAUGCAAACAUCCUGGCAAACACUAACUACUCUCCAACCACAACCACAACAACAACCAGACUGCAAUGAUGUAACCAUUAAAAUAUCAAAUGGUUAAACGUCUUCCAGUUGUAAAAUAUGACAGAGAAAAUUGUACAUGUUUUCUUGAACAUAUGUAUUUCACUAAAGACUAUAGAAGAGGUUAAACGCUGCUUGAGGAGAUCCGAGAAUAAAGAUCAUGACCAUAAAGCAUUCAUGAAAGAAUGUUUGAAAAGUUUGGAUGGAGAAGUCGAGUCCAUAAUCUAUUAUUGCCUACAAAAGGGAGACACCAACCAUCCAAAACACAGCUCAAAAAGUAAGUGAUUUUUUUAGAAUACAGGUACACAGAGCCUUAUGUGCAUGUGUAGUGCUGUUUAUGGAGGAUAUAAACCUGACAACCAGAAAUCAAAUCUGUUGAAAAAAUGUUUGUAUUUCAAACUGUACCAGUAGCUAAUGAUGAGCAGGAACAACCACUAACAACAACUAGGGAUCCAAGGAUAGUGUGAAGUUUCAAAUUGAAAAAGACACUGCAAAAACUAUAUAGGGUUGCCGACAACCUAGAAAGGCUGAUGGCUUACACUACGAAAUAAACAGUUACCAAAGGCAUUUCAUCUCAUUAUCUAUUUUAUAAUGCGUUCGGCACAUGAGUAGCGCGACGUUUGAGACAAGCCUAACAGAUCAGAAACGUGCCUCGUGGAACUGAUACAAUUUAUUUAUUUACUGUGAUGCUACACGCGACAACUUGAAAUUUAAAUUGUUUCACCAACACCCAAAUUUUGCAUAUUCUAAAACUUCAUUUGCAUUUGCAGCUGUCGCUAAAAGCAUCCUAACGAGGCUACUGAUACCCUGAACUUAUUUAAUAUGAUUAUUCCCAUCACCCAAAUAUAGCUGUAUAAGAUAUGUUAUGAAUAAUAAGCACUACGACGUUGUAUCAUUAAAAGAACGCAUUUUCUCUCCAUCCGUUCUAUAUUUUAUCCCCAUAUCCGUUCCGUGGAUCCGCUCCAUCCGCUUCCGCAUUUUAACCUAAUUGUGACAUGUUUCACAAUGCCUACACAAUAACAAGUCUGAUUGACCUUUGACUUUAUAUUCCCAAUGGCAAUGUCACAUUGCGUUUCAUGAGUCAUUUUCAGCUUUUCGCAUGUAUUCAAUAAUGUCACUUUAGAUUUCAAUAGUUUCACAGUUAUAGCAGUGUUUAUAGCAGUUUUAACAAGCUUUGAUACGGCUCUGUGUACAGAUUGAUUCUCGUAAGAUCUGGUAGAGUUAUCGUUGCACUGAACACGAGUUUGCACUGUUGACGUUGUGCUAGACAGUAAACAAAGUAAGUCCUUGACGGUACACGUUGGCUACCUCCUUGCUUUUUUCUUCUAUUGCAUAAAGCUUGUUGGCAAGCCAAGCGAUUGGCGAUAACACGUUGGCUAUAACUCGAUCCUCGUCUUUCUUGUUUAAAUAAAGAGCUCUGCAGACUCAACUGAUUUCUUUUAGUCUCGAUCACAACUCACAA